AUGAGCAAGCAGCUUCUAGCCAGUGUAGCUAAGCUGCAGGAGAAGUUGGCCCACAUGAAGCAUAAGUCCAUGCUGUCACAGGCCAGCUUGCUCUCUGAGGAAAAGGGCUCCAGCAGCCUUGCCAACAACACAAACAGGAUCAUAUCAGAUUCAGAUGACAUUUUGGCCUUCUUCAAGAUCAACAAUCAUCUAUGUGUGAAUAGGAUUAAAGGCAUGAAGUACCACUUUGUGAGCACGCCGCUGAACUGGACUGAAGCCCAGAGCUACUGCAGACAGGUCUACACUGACCUGGCCACCGCAGAAGACACUGCUGACAUCAGUGCCAUUCUGAGCACCACAUCAAACUACACAGGUACAGUAAAUGGCGAACCGUCCUUUGUUGUGAUCAACACAACUCACAGUUGGAAAGUAGCUCAGAGCUUCUGCAGGGAGAAUUAUGUCGAUCUAGCCAGCGUACGGAAUGAUGCAGAGAGUGAAAUCAUCAGAGGUAUGAGCAUGGCUGGUAGCUUUUUGUGGAUUGGUCUGCACCGUGAAAAGCUGUGGUCUGAUAGGAGCUUCUCACAGUUUCGAUACUGGGCCGCUGGGCAGCCAGACUCAAGAGCAGGGGGAUGUGUCACCACAGCGUUCAACCACUCUGGGAGGUGGUCAGAUGAUGACUGCUUCAUCAGCCUCCCAUUCAUCUGUUACAAAACAAUUCCACCCAAUGCAGAAAGCUUCAGAUCAGUAGGACAGGAUGAGACUACUAUCACUCUUCAGUGGAAUAAAGUGAACAACAACAUCAGCUUUAUUCUCCAGUUUAAUGGUACAGAGAUAUUCAUCCCUGCACCAGAUGGACAUGGACCAGUAACUCACUCAGUCUCAUCUCUCACUGCUGGAACUAAAUACACAUUCACUCUCUUCUCUGUGAUUGACAACAUCAGAAGCAGUGGAGUAAACAUUAGUGCAGUUACUGCUCCUCCAAAUGCAGAAAGCUUCAGAUCAGCAGGACAAGAUGAGACCAGUAUCACUCUGCAGUGGAAUAAAGUGAACAACAAUGUCAACUUUAUUCUCCAGUUUAAUGGUACAGAAAUAUUCAUCCCUGCACCAGAUGGAAGUGGACCAGUAACCCAAGCAGUCUCAUCUCUCACUGCUGGAACUAAAUACACUUUCACGCUCUUCUCUGUGUUUGAGAACGUCAGAAGCAGUGGACGAAACAUCACUGCAGUCACUGCUCCUGUAAAUGCAGAAAGCUUCAGAUCAGCAGGACAGGAUGAGACCAGUAUCACUCUGCAGUGGAAUCAAGUGGACAACAUCAGCUUUAUUCUCCAGUUUAAUGGUACAGAAGUAUUCAUCACUGCACCAGAUGGAGAUGGACCAGUUACCCACAAAGUCUCAUCUCUCACUGCUGGAACUAAAUACACAUUAACUCUCUUCUCUGUGUUUGAGGACAUCAGAAGCAGUGGACUAAACAUUACUGCAGUCACUGCUCCUCCAAAUGCAGAAAGUUUCAGAUUAUCAGGACAAGAUGAGACCAGUAUCACUCUGCAGUGGAAUCGAGUGAACCACAUUGUCAACUUUAUUCUCCACUUUAAUGGAUCAGAUAUAUACUUCACAGCAUCAGAUGGAGACGGACUAAUAAUUCAGUCAUUCUCACCUCUCACUCCUGGAACUAAAUACACAUUCACCCUCUUCUCUGUGUUUGAGAACGUCAGAAGCAGUGGACGAAACAUCACUGCAGUCACUGCUCCUCUAAAUGCAGAAAGCUUCAGAUCAGCAGGACAAAGUGAGACCAGUAUCACUCUGCAGUGGAAUCAAGUAAACAACAAUGUCAACUUUACUCUCCAGUUUAAUGGUACAGAAAUAUUCAUACCUGCACCAGAUGGAGGUGGACCAGUAGCUUACGCAGUCUCAUCUCUCACUGCUGGAACUAAAUACACAUUCACUCUCUUCUCUGUGUUUGAGGACAUCAGAAGCAGUGGACUAAACAUUACUGCAGUCACUGCUCCUCCAAAUGCAGAAAGUUUCAGAUUAUCAGGACAAGAUGAGACCAGUAUCACUCUGCAGUGGAAUCGAGUGAACCACAUUGUCAGCUUUAUUCUCCACUUUAAUGGAUCAGAUAUAUACUUCACAGCAUCAGAUGGAGACGGACUAAUAAUUCAGUCAUUCUCACCUCUCACUCCUGGAACUAAAUACACAUUCACCCUCUUCUCUGUGUUUGAGAACGUCAAAAGCAGUGGACGAAACAUCACUGCAGUCACUGCUCCUCCAAAUGCAGAAAGUUUCAGAUUAUCAGGACAAGAUGAGACCAGUAUCACUCUGCAGUGGAAUCGAGUGAACCACAUUAACGUCAAAAGCAGUGGACGAAACAUCACUGCAGUCACUGCUCCUCUAAAUGCAGAAAGCUUCAGAUCAGCAGGACAAAGUGAGACCAGUAUCACUCUGCAGUGGAAUCAAGUAAACAACAAUGUCAACUUUACUCUCCAGUUUAAUGGUACAGAAAUAUUCAUACCUGCACCAGAUGGAGGUGGACCAGUAGCUUACGCAGUCUCAUCUCUCACUGCUGGAACUAAAUACACAUUCACUCUCUUCUCUGUGUUUGAGGACAUCAGAAGCAGUGGACUAAACAUUACUGCAGUCACUGCUCCUCCAAAUGCAGAAAGUUUCAGAUUAUCAGGACAAGAUGAGACCAGUAUCACUCUGCAGUGGAAUCGAGUGAACCACAUUGUCAGCUUUAUUCUCCACUUUAAUGGAUCAGAUAUAUACUUCACAGCAUCAGAUGGAGACGGACUAAUAAUUCAGUCAUUCUCACCUCUCACUCCUGGAACUAAAUACACAUUCACCCUCUUCUCUGUGUUUGAGAACGUCAGAAGCAGUGGACGAAACAUCACUGCAGUCACUGCUCCUCUAAAUGCAGAAAGUUUCAGAUCAGCAGGACAAAGUGAGACCAGUAUCACUCUGCAGUGGAAUAAAGUGAACAACAAUGUCAACUUUACUCUAGAGUUUGAUGGAACAGCGAUAAAUAUCACUGCACCAGAUGGAGAUGGACCAGUAGCUUACACAGUCUCAUCUCUCACUGCUGGAACUAAAUACACAUUCACUCUCUUCUCUGUGUUUGAGAACGUCAGAAGCAGUGGACUAAACAUUACCACAGUCACUGCUCCCCCAAAUGCAGAAAUCUUCAGAUCAGCAGGACAAAAUGAGACCAGUAUCACUCUGCAGUGGAAUCAAGUGAACAACAUUGCCGACUUUAUUCUCCAGUUUAACGGUACAGAAAUAUUCAUACCUGCACCAGAUGGAGGUGGACCAGUAGCUUACGCAGUCUCAUCUCUCACUGCUGGAACUACAUAUGCGUUCACUCUCUUCUCUGUGUUUGAGAACAUCAGAAGCAGUGGAGUAAACAUUACUGCAGUCACUGCUCCUCCAAAACCUGGAAACUUCAGAUCAGCAGGACAAGAUGAGACCAGUAUCACUCUGCAGUGGAAUAAAGUGAACAACAAUGUCAGCUUUCUUCUCCAGUAUAAUGGUAUAGAAAUAUACAUUACUCCACCAGAUGAAGAUGGACCAGUAACUUACACAGCCUCAUCUCUCACUGCUCGAACUACAUACACUUUCACUCUCUUCUCUGUGUUCGAGAGCGUCAGAAGCAGAGGAGUACAUAUUGUUGCAGUCACUGUUUUAUGA